UCCGAUAUUAAAAUGCCUUGCAUAUAAACUAUGCAUCUCUCUCUACUCCCCGUCUUCUGAGUUUCUCUGUAGGUUUUCAGCCUCCUUUCUCUCUCUGAAAUCAACAAUGGCUGUUGUAUUCUCAGAUCUGCACACUGAAUCCGGCCUCAAGGCCCUUGACGACUUUCUCUCCGGGAAAUCAUACUUAUCCGGGGAUCAAUUGACGAAAGAUGAUAUUAAGGUGUAUGCAGCUGUUUUGGAGAAGCCAAGUGGUGAUCUAUACCCUAAUGCCAGUCAGUGGUAUGAAAGUGUUAAGUCCAAGCUUGCGGCCAGCUUUCCUGGGAAGGCUGUUGGAGUGAGAAUCGGAGGCCAAGCUGCUUCUGCUGAAGCUGAAGCUGCACCAGUUAAAGAAGCGAAGGAGUCUGCAGGCGAUGAUGAUGAUCUUGAUCUCUUCGGUGAUGAGACAGAAGAGGAAAAAAAGGCUGCAGAACAGAGGGAAGCUGCCAAGGCAUCUUCCAAAAAGAAAGAGAGUGGAAAAUCAUCUGUUCUUUUGGAUGUAAAGCCGUGGGAUGAUGAGACAGACAUGAAGAAGCUGGAAGAGGCUGUUCGUAGUGUUGAGAUGCCUGGCCUCUUGUGGGGAGCAUCGAAAUUGGUUGCGGUUGGAUAUGGAAUUAAGAAACUGCAGAUCAUGAUGACCAUAGUUGACGAUCUUGUCUCUGUUGAUGAUCUCGUUGAGGACCAUCUCACAGCCGAGCCUAUCAAUGAAUACGUGCAAAGCUGCGACAUUGUUGCCUUCAACAAAAUCUGAGGUCACCUCCAUUUUCGAGCCUUUUGAGGCUAUAAUUUUGUUAUUUUCUUUGGUGGAUUCAGAUUGUUUUUGGUGUUGUGUAACUUUAUUAAGUAUAUUUUGAGCGAUAAUACUUUAACUAAUUAAUUGCCAAAAUUAUAAAUGUGGUUUGUAGUCAAUUAGAAUGACGAGUUUUCGAUGUU